CAUCUCGGUCGAAUGCUCAGGUCACAGCCUAGAACAUUCCUAGCAUCCAUUCGCAACGUCUACUGCGCUUCGCCCAUCAUGCCCAAACGAGCCGCACCUGCCUCCUCCUCUUCUUCCGCACCUGCAGCUACGGCCUCGAACCCCCUCUCGAUCGAUUAUGCCCAGAACCCUACAGCCUACCGCAUCCUACGGGGAGAGAUGAACGUGUUCAAGACGAACCCUUAUUCGGCCGACUUGAAACCGUUGUGGAGGUUCAAGGAUGAGGCGGCGGCGAGGAAGAGCUCGGAGGCUCUGUGGGAGAGGUUCGUCGGGUAUCGUGACAAGAGCGAUUUCGUCGGCAUGGAUGUUACCCGCAAAUUCCUCCAAAUGGGCUAUACCCGCUCAACUCGGUACGCUCUUCGCCCCUCUGGACGUAAAUACAACCCAUCGACGGGGGCAGAAAUGUCCCGCACGGGAGAGAUUUGGGACGAGGAAAAGUACCGGGGAGCGAGUGUCUUCAAAGAUGCUUGGAAGAGGGUCGAGGGGGAUGAGAUGUACGCGUCGGAGAGAGCGAGAUGGGAGGUCGAAGUCGAGGGGAAGAGACCGAAGGCCAUAUUGAAGACGGGAUUGAAAUCGGAACCGGAACCGAUCGGUGCGACUGGAAACAGGCCCCAUGUGGAGACUGAGGACAGGAACAAAGUCGAGAGUAUGCAUUCACACGAGGACGACGCAUCAACAGGGUCACAUUCGAGAAAGAGAGAGAGAAAUAUCAAAGUCGAACCCUCGGACCUAGAGCAAGAGCAAGACCAAGACCUCCUCCGGUCGAUCAAAGAGGACGAGAAUGACGAGCUCGGCAGGAUCAAAGGUCGAAACGAAGCGGGUGAUGACGAGGUAGCCGAAGACGUCAAACCGGCUAAAAGGCAAAAGACCUCGCAAUCAUGCUCCAGCUCGAAACCCUCGCCAAAGCAUGAGACGCCGAUGAAAGCAAAGACAAGGGAGGUUGCGAAACCGAGACGUAUCCAGGACGGGCCGAAGCGACGGACGAGGAGCGAUGGGCCUGUUAAAUUCGAACCGGAUGUAUAGAGGACGAACGAGGACGUAAUAUACAUAGUCGGGCUGUUUGUUCUUCGCAACAGAUUCACGCUGUCAAGGGUAUGUAGCCAUGAAUUCAACACUACUGUAUUCGUAAUUUAUGACUCGAUAGUCAGCUCGAUCUCGAUAUGAUAUGUUUCAACAAGAA